ACAGAGUGACAGAAGGACACACAGCAAACAUGCGUAUUUUGUCUUUUAUUUAUUUUUACUGUUAUUCUGUGUCUUCUUUCCUGCUACUAAUGAAUUAUUAGCCAGCUAUCUGGUGAACGAUGUUAAAUAUUUCAGUCAGUACACAUCAUGUGAAGCUGAGGUUGAUUAUAUGAGAUAAUGUUGUACUCUGAAAGGAGCUCGUGACCACAAAACGUUUGAGAACCUCUUUUCUGGACUGAGGAGACUGAAGGUUUCCCACUGCAGGCAGAACAGACUCUGUUGGAAGGAGUAAAGGUGACCGCAGGUUACAAACAUGGAAAGACCAGACUCUCCUGAGCCCAGUCUCAGCUCUGUAACAAUGAGGAAGAGAACCACUCAACAGGAAGACCGUCCUGACUUUAAAAGCAGGAAAUUGUCUCAUGAUGCAAAGAUCACUGAGGCACCAGAUGCCCCUGAACCUGAACCUGAACCUGAACCUGGACCCAGCUGUGUGUCUUUGAAGAGUGAUCGAUCAAUGGAUUUUAUCUUCCACUUUAAAGGACCAAAAUCUGCUGCUGCUGAGGAAGCUGAUCAGGAGAGUCUUCAUCAUACCCAGCAGCAUCAAACCAAUCUGGACUCGGUGUUUAAGAUGCUGGAGGAAAACAUUAUCACUUUUGUGAAGAAAGAGCUAAAGAAGAUGCAGAAUGGUCUGAAUCCAGAUUAUUCAGAGUGUCAGAGGGAUGAAGAGGAGGUGUUGGACAGUGAGGAAGAGAAGCAGAGAAGGAGCAGCAGAGAGGCAUUUCUGAAACUUGCAGUUAACUUCCUGAGAAUAAUGAAACAGGAGCAGCUGGCUGACUGUCUGCAGAGCAAAAGUCCUGAUCCACUUUGUGAGAAUACAUUUAAAUGUAACCUAAAGAAGAAGUUCCAGUGUGUGUUUGAGGGGAUUGCUAAACCAGGAACCCGAAUCACUCUAAAUGAGAUCUACACAGAGCUCUGCAUCACAGAGGGAGGGACCGGAGAGGUCAACACUGAACAUGAGGUCAGACAGAUUGAAAUGUUUUCCUGGAAACCAAACAGACCAGAACCAACAAUCAGGUGUGAAGACAUCUUUAAAGCUUCGACUGGAAGAGACAAACCAAUCAGAGCAGUGCUGACCAAAGGAGUGGCUGGCAUCGGGAAAACACUCCUGACACAAAAGUUCACUUUGGACUGGGCUGAAGACAAGACCAACCAGGACAUCCAGUUCAUUUUUCCAUUCCCAUUCAGAGAGCUGAAUUUACUGAAGGAUACAAAGUUCAGCUUAGUGGGAUUUAUUCAUCACUUCUUUACUGAAAUCAAAGAAGCAGGAAUCUGUAACUUUAAAAAGUUCAAAGUUGUGUUCAUCUUUGAUGGUCUGGAUGAGUGUCGACUUCCUCUGAACUUCCACAUCACUGAGAUCCUCACUGAUGUUACAGAGUCCACAUCAGUGGAUGUGCUGCUGACAAACCUCAUCAGGGGAAAGUUGCUUCCUUCUGCUCACAUCUGGAUAACCACACGACCUGCAGCAGCCAAUCAGAUCCCUGCUGAGUAUAUAGACAUGGUUACAGAGAUCAGAGGGUUCAAUAACCGACAGAAAAAAGAGUAUUUCAGGAAGAGACUCAGAGACAAGGAAGAGGCCAACACCAUAAUCUCUCACAUCAAGACAUCACGAAGCCUCCACAUCAUGUGUCACAUCCCAAUCUUCUGCUGGAUCACUGCUACAGUUCUAGAGAGUUUGUUAAAAACCAAACAGGAUGGAGGAAAGCUGCCCAAGACACUGACUGAGAUGUACAUUCGUUUCCUGGUGGUUCAGACCAAACUGAAGAACAUCAAGUAUGAUGGAGGAGCUGAGACAGAUCCUCUCUGGAGUCCAGAGAGCAGGAAGAUGAUUGAAGCACUGGGGAAACUGGCGUUUGAGCAGCUGCAGAAAGGAAACCUGAUCUUCUAUGAAUCAGACCUGACAGAGUGUGGAAUUAAUGUCAGAGAAGCCUCAGUGUACUCAGGAGUGUUAACGCAGGUCUUUAAAGAGGAGAGUGGGCUGUACGAAAAGAAGGUGUACUGUUUUGUCCAUUUGAGCAUUCAGGAGUUUUUAGCUGCUCUUCAUGCCCAUCUAACAUUCACCAACUCUGGUAUCAACCUGCUGGAAGAAGAAGAAACAGCCUCAGUGCAGACUGGAGAAUCUUCAGUAAUACAUUUCUACCAGAGUGCUGUGGACAAAGCCUUACAGAGUCCAAAUGGACAUCUGGAAUUGUUUCUCCGGUUCCUCCUUGGUCUUUCACUGCAGACCAAUCAGAAUCUCUUACAAGGCCUGUUGACACAAACAGGAAACAGUUUACAGAUAAAUCAGGAAACAGUUCAGUAUGUUAAAAAAAAGAUGAACGGCGCUCUCUCUCCAGAGAAAAGCAUCAAUCUGCUCCACUGUUUGAAUGAAUUGAAUGAUGACUCUAUAGUGAAGGAGGUCCAGCAUCACCUGAGUUUAGGACAACUGUCCAAAGUUAAUCUCUCUCCUGCUCAGUGGUCAGCUCUGGUCAUUAUCUUACUGUCAUCAGAAGCAGAUCUGGAUGUGUUUGACUUGAGGAAAUACUCAGCUUCAGAAGAGGCUCUUCUGCAGCUGCUGCCAGUGGUCAAAGCCUGUAAGAAAGCCCAGUUGAGUGGUUGUAACCUCACAGAGAGAAGCUGUGCAGCUCUUUCCUCAAUUCUAAGUUCCCAGUCCUCCACACUGAGAGAGCUGGACAUGAGUAACAACAACCUCCAGGACUCUGGAGUGAAGCUGCUUUGUGCUGGACUUGGGAGUCCACACUGUAUGCUGGAAACUCUCAGGCUGUCAGGCUGUCAGAUCACAGGAACAGGCUUCACCUCUCUGGCCACAGCUCUGCGCUCCAAUCCCUCCUAUUUGAAAGAGCUGGACUUGAGCUUUAAUCACCCAGGAGACUCAGGAAUGAAGCUUUUGUCUCAUCUAAAGGAGGAUCCACAUGUGAAACUGGACAUACUCUGGUCUCAUUUCAGUGUGGAGCCUCGAGGAGUACAGUGGAUGAGACCAGGUCUAAGGAAAUAUUUCCAUGACCUGACGCUGGAUCCAAACACAGCACACAGGAACCUCAAACUGUCUGACAACAACAAGAAGGUCACACACGUGAAAGAAGAGCAGCAGUACCCUGAUCAUGAUCAUAGGUUUGAUCACUGGCCUCAGCUGCUGUGUACCAACAGUCUGACUGGUCGCUGUUACUGGGAGGUCGAGUGGAGAGGAGAAGUUCAUAUCAGUGUAGCCAAUGUAGGAAUUGGACGGAAAGGAGACGGCGAUGACAGCAGGUUUGGAAGGACUGAUCAGUCCUGGAGUCUCUACUGCAGUGAUGAUGAUGGUUACUUUGGAAAUUCCAAUUACACAUCAAUAGUGAUCGCUGUCCCCUCCUCGAUUGUCCCUCGCAAAUUAGCAGUGUAUGUGGACUACCCUGCAGGAACUGUGUCCUUCUACAGUGUCUCCUCCGAUAAACUGAUCCACCUGCACACCUUCAACACCAAAUUCACUGAAGCACUAUAUGCUGGGUUUCAGUUAAGGUCACCUGGCUCCAGUGUCUCUCUCUGUGACGACUCAGAGUAGUGAACUUACUGCGACAAGACACAUUCUCACAUUGGUGUGGAGCACCCAUAAUUUAGUAAUACAUGUACAAUGACAAUAAAGAGCUAUUCUAUUCUAUUGAGCUUCAUUUGUGUACCAAAAAUGCUUCUAGAUAAAUGAUGACUUUGUGUUUUGUUUAGUUUUUUUUUAACUUUCAUCUACUGAAACUACUUGACCUGUUAAAGGUUAAGUUUAGUUUUGGGAUGGCGAGUGAAAUGCAUCUCUGGAUCCUGCAGUAUGGUGAUGCCUGAGCAACUGGGAGUUUUUUGUUUAGUUUUGUUUUUUUAAUAAUAGGCAGUGAAAUCUCAGAGCAUUCUCAUUCCCAACACACAACAUACCAAUGAUUUGUCAUAUAGCAUUGGUAUGCUACGUGUUGGGAUUACUACGUGUUGGGAAUCUCUAGUAUAAAUGCACACUUCAUGUGUUAAUUUGUAUUUUAUACUAUUUUUUAUCGCAAGAAUAAAAUCUGUGACACAAACA